AUCGUCAAGAUGUAGAAGGCAACACAGAAAAGAAAGAAAUAAAACCAACCUGGGCGUGCAGUAACCCGUGAAAAUGUUCACCCGGCUAGUUUGCAUCAGUGAUUAUGAACAACAUGCUAAGUCAAUUCUUCAGAAGUCUAUAUAUGACUAUUAUAGGUCUGGAGCAAAUGAUCAGGAAACCCUGGCUGAUAAUAUGGCGGCAUUUUCCAGAUGGAAGCUGUAUCCACGGAUGCUCCGGAAUGUUGCUGAAAUAGACCUGUCGACUUCUGUUUUAGGACAACGGGUCAGCAUGCCAAUAUGCGUGGGGGCUACGGCCAUGCAGUGCAUGGCUCACGUGGAUGGGGAGCUUGCAACUGUGCGAGCCUGCAGGUCACUGGGGACCGGCAUGAUGCUGAGUUCCUGGGCCACCUCCUCCAUUGAAGAGGUGGCAGAGGCUGGUGGUGAGGCGCUUCGCUGGCUGCAGCUGUACAUCUACAAGGACCGUGACGUCACCAAGCAGCUCGUGCGGCGGGCCGAGCGGAUGGGCUACAAGGCCAUAUUUGUGACAGUGGACACCCCUUAUCUGGGCAACCGCUUUGACGACGUGCGAAACAGGUUCAAGCUGCCACCACAACUCAGGAUGAAAAAUUUUGAAAGCAAUGAUUUAGCAUUUUCUCCAAAGGAAAACUUUGGCGACAACAGUGGACUUGCUGCAUACGUGGCAAAAGCUAUAGACCCAUCCAUCAGCUGGGAGGACAUUAAAUGGCUGAGGGGGCUGACAUCGCUGCCAAUUGUUGCCAAAGGAAUUUUGAGAGGAGACGAUGCCAGGGAGGCAGUUAAACAUGGUUUGGACGGGAUCUUGGUGUCGAAUCAUGGAGCUCGACAACUUGAUGGGGUGCCAGCCACUAUUGAUGCUCUACCCGAAAUCGUGGAGGCCGUUGAAGGGAAGGUGGAAGUCUUCCUGGACGGGGGUGUCCGGAAAGGCACUGAUGUUCUGAAAGCUCUGGCCCUGGGAGCCAAGGCUGUGUUUGUGGGGAGACCAAUCAUUUGGGGUUUGGCUUCCCAGGGAGAGAAAGGUGUUCAAGAUGUCCUUGAGAUACUAAAGGAAGAAUUCCGGUUGGCCAUGGCUCUGAGUGGGUGCCAGAAUGUGAAAGCCAUCGACAAGACAUUGGUGAGGAAAAAUCCUUUGGCCCUUUCCAAGAUCUGACAGUGCACAAUAUUUUCCCAUCUGUAUUAUUUUUUUUCCAGCAUGUAUUACUUGACAAAGAGACACUGUGCAGAGGGUGACCACAGUCUGUAAUUCCCCACUUCGAUACAAAGGGUGUCGUUCUUCUCCAACAAAAUAGCAAUCCCUUUUAGUUCAUUGCUUUUGACUUUUCAAUGGGUGUCCUAGGAACCUUUUAGAAAGAAAUGGACCUGCAUCCUGGAAAUAUAUUAACUGUUAAAAAGAAAACAUUGAAAAUGUGUUUAGACAACGUCAUCCCUUGGCAGGCUAACGUGCUGAAAAACAAAAGAUAUCCUUUGGUAAACUUGAAGGUAGCUAAUGCUGAGGUGAAAAUUUUAAUGAUCACACUGUUUAUUAGCCGGCAUUGUGUUUAGAUACCCAUAAAACACUGUUCUUAAAUUAUAAGCUCAGGUUCCAAAGGUUCAACAUGCCUGGGAGACUUGGAUUCACAACACUGACGAAGUAGCACUUGGUAGAAUUGGGAUGAGUGGGUGGUAAUCUGUGAUUUUCUAGAGACUUUUUUAAUACCCUGAGCUGUGCUACUUCUUUGAAUGUAGAUUUUCAUUCCCAUCCUCAGUGUCUGAAUAUAUCUGAAUAUUUUGUGAUAUACAUUGCUUUCUAACCAGAAAGAAAUAAAACAUUAUUUUGAAAAGAGUAUAUCUGGUCCAUCUGCAACAAUAUGGAAUUUAACCAUUUUGCUUUCUUAAUGCUAAUUGGUUCCCUAUUCCUCCAUGCAUGCUGCAUUAUUUCUCAUACCAUCUAGUUCCUCUUCUUUAUUCUCUUGCUUCUUUCCAUCACAACCGUGUGCAAACCCAGCUACAUUAUUUGUGAGGAUCAUGCCCAAUGAAAAUGCCAGUCCUUUGUUCAAAAAGUGAGAAAAAGCUUUUUCUUUCUUCUACAGUUUUUCUCUUAAUCUGUCAUGGUAUCUUUUAUUUGCCAUUUAAUGCCACGUUUCCUUGGGCACAGGGAUAUGCACAGGGCAAGUGCAGAUCCUCAAAGGUGCCUGGGACACCAUCCUGUGAUCUGCCCCAACUCUUCUCAGUCCAGGUCCAGGACCCUUGAGGUGGAGAGUGGCCUUGUCACUGGGUGAGAUAGAAGCCAAGGACUCAUUCAGGGGAGGGGAGGAGAUGGUGGGAGAUGAGACAAUGUGUGAACCUAGGCUCCAGGUCCCCAGCUUAUCUCUUUGGUUCAUUAUAAAAAAUGAACUCAAAGAUGAAAUUAUUAAGAAUUUUAAGCCAACAGCCAUAGAACAUUAAACCCAGGCAUGAGGCCCCUUUUUCAGUGUGGAGUUCUGUGCAGCUUCACUGGUUGCCCACAGAGGCCUGGUCACGUGACUUUUAGAUUUAUCCCCAAACCAGUCAUAUGAUGGAUUAUAGGUGGACUUGGUAGUCAGUGUAAUUUUGAGAUUGAUUUUUCACCAUCUUCCUGAUUGUUUAACCACUGUUAAGUAUUGAGUGAAACAAAUGAGAAAAACACUGCCUUAAAAUAAGAUCAUUAUUUUAUGUCUUAUUGUUUUACUAGAGGCCUGGUGCAUAGGAUUCGUGC